AAAAAGAUGACGUCUCUGAAGUUCCUGCGGAUUUCAACGACCAAGAAGGAGAAGAUGAAACAAAAGAAGCCAAGGCACACCACAGAAACGACGAAAACCGAGCCCGCGCGACGCCGCGUGCGGAACGCCGCUGCGCUUUGACUUUGUGGACUCACUUGACCCGAAUAUUAUUGGAGACACCAAGGAGACCGCUCUUGAGACCGAUGGCGAGGGGGGCGAGGAUUCCGCUGGUGAUAUCGGCGACGGCGUUGCUGACACCGACAGCGAUGAAGACGACGAUGCUUUGGCGCGCGAGGACUAUCUUCGUCAGGAGCUGAGCCGAGUAACGGGGCUAAUGGAUGCAGCAGAGCUGGAACGGUUGCACUUGCGUGUUCAAGGGUCGUCGGAGGUUUACGAUGACGACCAGCUCAACCAAAUGAAAAUAGACGGAUGGGACGUGCUGCCUGAGAAUGGGGAGGCUCCGGUCGUAGAUGAUCCUGACGUGGACAAUAUGUACUCUGGAUAUUGUGGGCCAUCUCAAGACAUCCUGACAGUUUCUAAAUCGCCGCUGGGCCUCUUCUAUUACUUUUUGCCGAAGGCUUUCUGGUGUGACGUCGCUAGCCAGACCCACCUGUAUUGCAAGCAAACGCUGGAAGCCAGACUCGACAAGGCGGAAGCGAAGGAACGCAAGGUUACACAUCGUGCACAGCGCAGUAGAGAUACAUUGCGGCGAAACCUUGAAAAAAUUGAGAAGAUUGCCCCCCACGAAAUUGUUCAAUGGAUUGGCUUGAUGAUUGCACAUGCAUUGAGUCCCUGCAAGCGAAUGGAAGAUCACUGGAGCACCAAAGCCACGGGUGUACUUCCGAUGGGAACAUUCAGCAAAGUGAUGCGGCGCGACAGGUUCCGUGAUAUCUCGCGGUUUCUACAUUUCACCGAUAACAAGAGCCCUGCAGCUGCUACCGAUCGAGCUUGGAAAAUACGAUCAGUGCUCUUUACGCUGGAGAAGACGUUCAAGGAAGGCUACGUUCUUGGGUCGCGUGUUGCCAUCGAUGAAGGGAUUCUUCCUUCCCACAACAAGCGAAAUCCGACAAGGGCUUUCAUUAAGGAUAAGCCUCAUCGCUGGGGCUCGAAGUGUGUGAUGACUUGCUGCGCUGAGACCAGGUAUUGCAAGAGGUACGUGUGUGUUGACAUGGUCGGUUUUAUAUUUGGAUUUUAUGCUGACGAAGUCUGUAUACGAUGCUGA